ACUGAGAGAAAUUAUAUUGAUUAUAUUUGUAUUAUUUUGAUUUGGAAACGGAAUGGGAGGAGAGACUCUUCAGGGGGCUGUUAGCCUACUAUUAAAUAUUUGUUAAAAAAAAAAAUUGGCGUCCAAAUAAGAUCAUUCCUAUAUGAACUUAUUUUUUGUAAUAAUAUUUGUGGUAGUGCCCAUUUAAGGGUUAAGAAGACAAAAUUAAUUUUAACUAAACACCUAACUGCACCAGUUGAACUGUUUUAUUUUUAAACGUGAACAUUCACAUAAGGCAUCGUAGAUGUGCGUGUCCGCAGCCCUCAACCCCCGCGCUCGUACGUGCGCGCAGGCGCGGCUGCCGACCGACGUGUCCCGGUUUUUUACAACUCAGAUGUGGCAACCCUAGCAGACAGACGAGACGAGAGGAGCAAAGCAGGGAAGAUAAAGGAGAGGAGAGGGAGAGAAAUGCGACCGCCUUCCGUGAGAGCACGGAAAAAAAAUUAAUUAUUACUUAUUAACAAUACUUCUUGGGACCAGAAGAAAAUUGCAGAGGGUUUUUUAACAUAUAAAGUUUCAAAUGUGCAUAAAAUUAAAACUGUUGCCUAUGAGCUUUAAUACCAAACCUACGCCCUUGGAAAAAAAAAACUGAUAUAAUCUCCAUUAAAAAAUAAUUAUAGCAGUAAAAGAGCCGUUCAUAAAAAUGAUCAGAGACAACUGGAAAAGGGAAAAACAAUAACAAUGGAGGGGGGGCGCUAUAAAGAUGUGUAAGGUGAAGUUGAGAAAAUAAGAGGAGGUAAUGAAGUGGCCAUUCGAGGAACUGCAGCUUUUAGCACUUCCGCAUUGGCUUCACUUUUCAGGACCGAAAGUUGCCGAGUUAAAAACUGAAACAAACGAAACUGAAGCAUACAACAAAGUCAUCUAAACAGAGCAUGGAACGAACGUGAAGAAGGAUCAUCCUGGUGACCAGAGACACAAAACAGUGUGAAUACUUCUCGCCGUGUGUGUAGGCAGCGUCUGUUCCAAAUCACCAAGAAGUGUUUACCAUGAUGAUGCAAGAGCGUGCAGAACACGCAAAGCCAUGACGCACUAUUUGCGCAACAUGAGACGCUCCUCCUGUUUUCUACUUUGUCCAACAUCACAAGUGCUUUGAUCACCAUUUCAAUAGGCACAAUGUUGAGGAACAGAUCUUACACCUGCUUAGCAGUUUUGCUGCUGAGCUUCUCUGAAAUGGCCCUCAGUGGCAAUGUACUGGUUCUUCCUGGUGAAUACAGUCACUGGCACAACAUGCGCGCAGUUGUUGAGGAGCUCAUGGACCGGAACCACAGCGUGACAGUUCUCUCACACUCUGCCUCACCUACCUUGAAACCUGGACAAAAAGAGCGGUUCAAGUUCAUACCUUUUGAAAUCAACAUGGAGCGACAGGAGGCAGCCAACAUGUGGCAGAACUUUAUCACUCCAUGGAUGCAACAAAGUACUACCAGCUUUCAAAAGCUGACCUUGGUCUGGAACAUGGUGUCUGGGCUGUCUCAUUAUAUAAAGAUUGUGUGCAAUGGAAUGUUUGCUAACCGAGAGCUUGUGACCUCACUGAAGGACUUGAAGUUCGAUGUGCUUCUGUAUGACCCCAUGAUGCCAUGUGCUGACAUAAUGGCGGACGUUCUUGAGCUGCCCAGUGUGAUUUCUCUCCGGGUCACUUUUGCAAAUAAUCUUGAGCGGUUCUGUGGGCAGAUGCCCGCACCACCAUCUUAUGUACCUGCGGCUUCUGUUCAGGGGCAUCUCACCGAUCAUAUGGACUUUACAGAGCAUUUAGCAAACAUGCUACUAUACAUAGGACACACUGCAGUUGAUGUACUUCAGAAAAAGUUAAUCUUUGAUAAAUAUUUCACUGAAAUAACUGGCAAACCCACAACACUGUGUGAUACUAUUGGCAAAGCUGACAUCUGGUUAAUCCGCACUUAUUGGGACUUUGAAUAUCCACGGCCAUUCCUUCCAAACUUCAAAUAUGUGGGUGGCUUACAUUGCAAGCCUGCAGAACCUCUACCAAAAGACAUAGAGGACUUUGUCCAGAGCUCGGGAGAUGAUGGUAUUGUAGUGUUUUCACUGGGAUCCAUGAUAAAAAACAUUACCAAAGACAGAGCAAACACCAUCGCCUCAGCGCUCGGCCAGAUUCCCCAAAAGGUCUUGUGGCGAUAUGUAGGCGAGAAACCAGAAACUCUUGCUCCUAAUACAAGACUCUAUGACUGGAUUCCUCAAAAUGAUUUACUAGGACAUCCUAAAACCAAGGCCUUCAUCACCCAUGGUGGGACUAAUGGAAUAUAUGAAGCUAUUUAUCAUGGCAUUCCCAUAGUGGGCCUGCCACUGUUUGCUGAUCAGCCUGAUAAUAUAAAUCACAUGAAAACCAAAGGAGCUGCAGUUAUGCUUGACUUCAACAAAAUGGAGACCAAGGACUUGAAGCAGGCUCUCAAUGAUGUCAUUAACAAUCCAUCCUACAAAGAGAGCAUGAUGAGGCUAUCCCGAAUCCACCACGAUCAACCGAUGAAGCCGUUAGACCAGGCCGUGUACUGGAUUGAGUUUGUGAUGCGUAAUAAGGGGGCCAAACACCUGAGGGUCGAAGCCCAUAACCUCACGUGGUAUCAGUACCACUGCUUGGACGUGGCAGCCUUUUUGCUUUCUGUAAUUGCACUAGUCAUGUUCAUCUUUGUGAAAACGUGUAGUUGGCUCUUCCGUAAAUGUUUUAGAAAGACCCCAGCAAAGAGCAAGAAAGAGUGAAGCAUGUGUAUGUGAAUGUAUUAAUAGUUACACUCCCCUGCCACUUUACUAGGAACACCCAUCCACCUGCUGUUUUAUGCAGUUAUUUAAUCAGCCAAUCCCUUGAUAGCAGGACAAUGCAUAAAAUAAUUCAGAUAUAAAUCAAGAGCUUCAGUUAAUGUUCACUGCAAACAUCAGAAUGGGCAAAAUGGUGAUCUCAAAGUGUGACUUUCGCUGUGCCAUCUGGCAAGCCAGAUGGACUGGCUUGAGUAUUUCAGAAACUGUUGAUCUCCUGGGGUUUACACAUUCAAUAGUGUAUAAAUAGCGUGGGGGGAAAAAAAAACAUUGAGUGAGUGACAGUUCCGUGGGUGGAAACAAACGUCUUGUUGAUAAGAGAGGUCAGAGGAAAAUGGCCAGAUUUGAGGUAGUUUGAGCUACCAGGAAGGAUAUAGUAACUCAUAUAAUCACUCUUUACAACCGUGGUGAGCAGAAAAGCAUCUCAGCAUGCAACAGCAGAAGAACACAUUGGGUUCCUCUCCUGCCAGCCAAGAACAAGAAUCUUAGAAUCAAGAACAAGUUCCUAUUAAAGUGGCCGAUGAGUGAACUGUGAUAUUUUUACAAAAAUUUUUCAGACUAAAAUGCUCUGUGUUAAAUGGACAUGUCUGUCCAAGAUUAAUUUUAAAGGAUUCCAACACUAUUGAGAACAAAGCAAUUAAACAGAAAUAUUUCUCUAUAUCAUGUAAAGGGUAGGGUUUUUUCUUUUAAUUAAAAUAAAGAUUUCUUAGUUUUGUUUCUGACACAAUAA